UCUCCUUCCUUCCUUCCUUACUUCUCUGUGUAUUUCAGGAGCAGCUCAACAAGCUGAUGGCCACUUUGCACAGUACCUCUCCCCAUUUUGUCCGCUGCAUUGUGCCCAAUGAGUUCAAGCAAUCUGGUGUGGUGGACGCUCAUCUGAUCUUGCAUCAAUUGUCCUGCAACGGUGUCCUGGAAGGUAUCCGUAUUUGCCGCAAAGGGUUCCCCAACAGGCUGCAAUACCCCGAGUUCAAGCAAAGGUAUUAUGUGCUAAAUCCCAACGUCAUUCCUCAAGGCUUUGUGGACAACAAGAAAGCCUCUGAACUUCUUCUGGCAUCUCUUGACCUUGGAGAAAAUGAGUACAAAAUUGGACACACUAAGGUCUUCUUCCGCGCUGGAAUCUUGGCCAAGUUGGAAGACAUGCGGGAUGAGCGUUUGGCCAAGAUCAUGACCAUGCUACAGAGCCGCUGCCGUGGUUUCCUGAUGAGAAUUGAAUUUAAGAAGAUGCUGGAGAGAAGGUUGGCCCUGAUGCUGAUCCAAAGAAACAUUCGCAAGUUCUUGCAGAUGCGUUACUGGGGAUGGUGGAAACUUUACAAUAAGGUGAAACCUCUGCUGAAUGUGGCUCGCCAAGAGGAGGAGAUGAAAGAAAAGGAGGAAGAGCUGAGGAACGCCAUGUCCAAGACUCAGGAACUGAUGGACCGCGUCAAGGAGUUGGAGGAGAAGUUGGCCACCCUUAGCCAAGAGAAGAAUGAUUUGAUCAUCCAACUGCAGGCUGAACAAGAGAACCUGAUCGAUGCGGAAGAGCGCCUUACUCAAAUGAUGAAGGCCAAGAUGGAGCUGGAAAGCCAGAUUUCCGACAUGGGAGAGCGCCUGGAGGAGGAAGAAAGUGCAGCGGCCUCCUUGAGUGCCAACAAGCGCAAGUUGGAAGCAGAGCUUAACGAUCUCAAGCGAGACCUUGAGGGGCUGGAGACCACGUUGGCUAAGACUGAAAAGGAGAAACAAGCUCUUGAUCACAAAGUCCGAAAUUUGACCAGCGACCUGCAAGCCCGGGACGACUCGGUUGCCAAACUCCAGAAGGAGAAAAGGGCACUGGAUGAGCUACACCAGAAAACGCUUGAUGACCUUCAAGCUGAGGAAGACAAAGUGAACCAUCUGACGAAAAGCAACAGUAAACUCAACACUCAGAUAAACGAGUUGGAAGACAACUGGGAACAAGAGAAGAAAAUCCGUGCUGAGGUUGAAAAGGCCCGUCGCAAAGCAGAGGGUGACUUGAAGAUGACCAUCGAAAAUCUGAACGAAAUGGAGAGGACUAAGCUGGACUUGGAAGAGGUGGUGAAGAAGCGAGACUUAGAGAUCAAUUCCAUCAACUCCAGGUUGGAAGAUGAGCAGGCUCUGAACUCCACCCUUCAGAGAAAACUGAAGGAACACCAGGCUCGAAUUGAAGAGCUGGAAGAAGAGUUGGAAGCAGAACGGUCCUUGAGGGCGAAGGUAAAUCUAUUUCUCCAUAAACAAAGAAGUGGCUCACUCAAGACAAUGUCUCCAUCCAGUUUAGAAUCCUUACAGGGAUUGCAGGACGAGGCAAAACAUUUCAAAAUCAAGUUGUUUCUGAAGUUUUCCAGGCCAUGUUUGAAACAUUGGAAAUCAUUUGUUUUCAGGGCUCUUUUGAACACCUUGAGCAUUUCCCAAUUACCCUGAAAUGCUCCUAGAAGUUCAAAUCAGCCUGUUUUGCAGCUGUAAACCUCUGUUUUGUUGCCAACUCAGGGCAAAACAUUUUGAUAAAAUGGGUUUGGAUCUUUCCAUUGCCUUGCCCAGCCCACCUGUCAGGGUUGUUGUUGUGGGUGGGGGAGGAAGAAGUAUUAAGUAUGUUCACCAUGUUGAGUUAUUUACAAAAAAAAGGCAGGAUGAAAAAAAUCUAAAAUAAAUUAAACAUUGACUCUGUUGUUCUCCUUUCACUUUGCUUGGCGAUGUCUCCUCAUCUUUAUUUAUGGAGCUUUUUAGGACAAGGUAUUUGGGAAGAAAAAGAAAGAAAGAAAGAAUAAAAGAGAGAGAGGGAGAGAGAGAGAAAGAGAAAGAAAAAGAAAGAAAGAAAAAGAGAGAGAGAAGAGAGAAAGAAGAAAGAAAGAGAGA